GCCCGAGCUUCCUGCGUCCCCAUCCCCGUCCCCGAGAGGGCGGCGCGCCCUCUCCGCCAGCGCCUCCCGCGAUCGCCUCGCUCCCCGGAAUCCUGGGGCUCCGGGGAUCGCGGUGCCUCGGAGGAGGUAGCCAGAGGGGUCCUGGGGGCCCGGAGCACCCCCAGCCCUCGGACGCCGGACUGAGCCCGAGCUGGACCCUCCGCCGCCGGGACCUGUUGGCCGCAGCUGUGCACCCAGGAUGCCUUCCGUUUGCUUGAAGCCCUCCAGAGUCUGGCUACUGAUGGUCUACGAGUGUGGCAGUAGGGGAUUUGUUCAGUACAUUUAAGAAUUUGUUGCUGCUGCUGCUUUAAUUUAUUUUCCUUCAUUGAACUGGGCUGGGCCCCAUCCCUACCUGCAAGAUGGCCCAGUCCAAGGCCAACGGCUCACACUAUGCACUGACCGCCAUCGGCCUGGGGAUGCUGGUCCUCGGGGUCAUCAUGGCUAUGUGGAACCUGGUACCCGGGUUCGGCUCCGCUGAGAAGCCGACAGCUCAGGGGAGCAACAAGACCGAGAUUGGCAGCGGCAUCCUCAAGAGCAAGACCUUCUCUGUGGCCUACGUGCUGGUCGGGGCAGGAGUGAUGCUGCUGCUGCUGUCCAUCUGCCUCAGCAUCCGGGACAAGAGGAAACAGCGGCAAGGAGAGGAGAUGGCACACAUCCAGCGCCAGCAGGGGGUCGAGCCCCGGGCCCAGGAGGACAGCCAGGAGGAGGAAGAGGAGGAGGAUGUCUCCUCCAGGUACUACGUCCCCAGCUACGAGGAAGUGAUGAACACGAACUACUCGGAGGCCAGGGCAGUGGACCAGAACCCCAGGAUGAGCGUCUCUCUCCCCUCCUACGAGUCCUUGACGGGGCUAGACGAGACGAGCCCCACCACCACCAGAACCGAGGGGGAGACCAGCCGGGGGAACCCGCCCGAGAGGCAGAACUCCAAGCUGGGCAAACGCCUGAAGCCACUGAAAGUGCGAAGGAUUAAAUCUGAGAAGCUUCACCUCAAAGACUUUAGGAUCAACCUCCCAGAUAAAAACGUCCCUCCCCCCUCCAUCGAGCCCCUGACUCCCCCGCCGCAGUACGACGAAGUCCAGGACAAGGCCCCCGACAUACGGCCACCUGACUGACACCCCCCUCUCUGGCCUGUCCCCUCCUGUCAUUCUCCCUCUACACCACAGACCCCCCAAGGAAGCCACUGCAGGCACGGCUGAGGAGCAGAGGGGCCCCGUGCGUAGUUAGCAGUCUGGAUGGGGUGUCCCACGGGGGCGGGGAGGGGGGUCUGUGAUACAGGAGUGACUCUGGCGCCCAUAGAAUGGCAUAGGGAUAAGGUGCAGCUGGGGCCCCCGGAUGGGAACCCUGAGGGGUAUGGUAUGACCAUCGUCUCUCCCCAUCUCUGAAUAAUCGGCGACGACACCCCUCUUUCCAAGUGGAAGAGGAUGCCUAGCAACUGGUUUGGACUGUGGUUUUGGUUUUGCUUCCACUGAGACUGUUCUGUUUCCAAAAGGAAGCAAGGCAUGCCUCUGCUUUCUUCCCUGGAGUCUGGAACCGUGGGUUCUCACACGGCUUUGUGAAGACACGGAGCCGUUGGUGAUUUCAGAGCAACGAGAGACUGGAUGACGCCGUGGGGGAAGACCCAGCCCUGGGUGCAGCUGUUCUUUGAGGGCCCAGUGCCAAGGUCACGCCUGUAUAGGCCUACUACACUCUCCUCUCAUGUGUGAUGGCAGGAAACGGAAAGCUGUAGGCGACCUUCCAUUCCUUGGACAAUGCCGUGCAACUGAGCUUUUUAUAAUAAAAUAUUUUAUAUGGAA